CUGGGAACUCCAUGGUGAAUAUUACGUGGGCUAGUCUUCUCCGUGCAGUUCUUUGCACGACCACUUCGGAUACGCAAUUUGAAAGCUGUCUUUUUUUUAAAAAAGGCAGAAAAAUUCAAGUUCACAAAUUCCUCAAAGCAGAGCAUGAAUAACACCAGCAUCUGGAGAAAAAACUCAUGUGAGAACAAUGACACCUUCAAAACUAACAUCUACCUUCCAACAUAUAUUAUCGUGUUUAUUUUUGGAUUUAUUGAAAAUGUCUUCUGUUUAUAUGUAUUCCUGAAGUUAUACAAGAGGAAGACAGCAAUCGGCGUUGUCACCGUGAACCUGGCAAUAUCGGAUUUACUGUUUGUUUGCACUUUGCCCUGGCGGGUGCACUAUUAUUUGAACAAUGGCAAGUGGAACCUUCCACAUUCCUUAUGUGCAUUUAUGUCGUAUGCUCUGUACCUCAACAUGUACUGCAGCAUCUACUUUCUGACUCUCAUGAGUGUAUUGCGCUACUUUGCUAUAGUACAUCCAAUGAAUGCUUUAAAGUAUAGAAGUGUUAAAUCUGUUCAAAUCGUAUGUGUUGCAAUAUGGAUAUUUGUGGGUAUCACAGCCAGUCCUUUUCUAACAGGUGGCAGUUACAUCAAUAAAAAUAAUGAAACAAAAUGCUUUCACCUCAAAGAUGGUGUUGACUAUAGAAUAUUUGUGAUGAAUUUAAUUUCCCUGGUUGUGGGUUGUAUUGUUCCCUUCUUUAUUAUCAUCAUCUGUUACACACUUGUUGUUAAGGCCUUGCUAAUCUCAAAGGCAAAACAUCAUCAGAAAAUGAGCUCCCUCAGAAAAGCUAUCGCCUUGAUUAUUAUUGUAAUGGUUAUAUUUUUAACCAGUUUUCUGCCCUAUCACAUUCUCCGAACUGUCCACGUUGCCAUUAACUUGAACGUGGGACAUAUAUCCCAAGCCAGUUGUUUUAUCCAGAAAUGUGUGGUAGUUACACAGUGUGGCGCAGCAAUCAAUUCCUGUUUGGAUCCUCUUUUGUACUACUUUGCAGCAGAGACCUUUAGGGGCAAAGUGAAAACAACAGCCAAUAACAUAUUCAAAUGCGUGAUGCAAAGAAGUUGAAUCUAUACUGCUAUUCUGUAAGUGUUCUAUAGCAUAGAAACACCUCAUUCUGUCCAACUUGUCCAUGCCAGCCAGAUAUCCUAAACUAAUCUAAUCCCAUUUGCCAUAAACUCUUCCUAUUCAUGUAUCCAUCCAGAUGCCUUUUUUAAAUGUUUGUAAUUGUACUAGCCUCCCCCACCUCUUCUGGCAGUUCAUUCCAUACGUAUACCACUGUCUGUGUGAAACGUUGCCCCUCAGGUCCCUUUUUAAAUUUUGCCCUCUCACCUUAAACCCAUGCCCUCUAGUUUUG